AUGCUGAAGCUUUCACAGCUUCUUGAGGCCAAACGGCGCGAGAGCAACGACAAUAUGGGCGAUCCCUCGCCUCUUUCUCGCCAGCCUCCCCAGUCUCCUUUAACCGCGUCCACACCAGUCUCACCCGCGGUUUCUUUGUUUUCCGCCAAGGGCCACACACGUUUCUCCAGCUCCGCGUCAUCUCUCGUCUCGUCUCCCGGUCAUGGCAACUCAAUGGAUAUCAGUUGUCGGAAUCCCUUGACGGGUGUGAAAGAAGAAGAGCCCUACGGGUCGCAAGCGAGGGAUCUCGAAGAAGAAUAUUUCCAGCAUUUCGAUCAAGGGCUAUCCGGCGCUGAAGAUUCGUACCUAUCCACAGUCAGUACUUGCGACGGUUAUAGUUUCACUGAUACCGGUAUGGAUAUGGUGCACUCUCCCAAGAAGAGACGCUCCGACAAUGCUUCUGCAAACGGUCUUUCCCGCAUUGGAUCGCGAAUAUCCACUAUCUCCAACCGUUGGAAGUCCAAACGAGGAUCCGACGGCGCAGAUGGAGAAUCAUUUUCACCACAGGUGCGGUCUCGAACGAACUCUUCCGCAUCUGUAUUUGCUGCCAGCCCAACUACAACAGCCCCUAUGAGCUGGGUUGAGUCGGCCCAAAUUCCUCCUUCUCCGGCAAGAACAAUCUUUGAGGAGCACCUCGGCGAGUCAGGGGCGCAGCCAAUAGACAUAUCUAAGGCAAACCAGCAAGACCAGGACGAGUGCGCUCCGCAAGCCACCACUCCUCUUCUCCCGCCGCUUAUGGGUGACGAUCUCGAGAACUCCGUUUCCGUGAUCCAGUCUCCCUUACAGUCUCCUUCUGUUGCCGAUGUUUCGAAUGCCAGUCCGGAUCCAAAUGCACUUAGGGACCGUUUAGCUAAUCUUCCGUCGCCUCCAUUGUCCACCAAGCCAUCCAUCGCUUCUUUUAGCCGUCCGCGAGCAAGCACAAUCCGAACUGUUUCUGGCGAUGUGCCCCCUCUGACUCUUUCCGAUCCAAAUGACGAGUGGGCAAUUCAACUUGGCCAUGCAAAUUUCACCAUCCAACCAGAGCCAUAUGUCCCUGAAGUUUACGAUCUUGAAUCAUUCCGGCGAUUACGCAGUCAGUGGGACCUGGCGCAAUGCAAUUUUACUAAACAUCUGGUUCGGACUGGAGAGCAUUACGGUGUUACAUCGAAGAUCUACAAGUUGACGCAGGAGAAAUGGGAGUCAAUCAACAGCGAAUGGAAGCGCCAUUACGAAGCAAUGCUUGCCCAUCUUGAGGCAUUGAACGGACCAGUAUUGAGCACAAUCGAAUCCCACCGUGAUCCGUGCGAACAAGUCAAGAUUCCAACCCUGCACGACGACAAAUUCCCCGAACUAGGCGACGGUGAGAUUGUUGGGCCUAUGAAGAUUGCACCGGCAACUGGGCGAUGUCGGGAUCGGUCCUUGAAGCGAAACUUUUUCAGGUUCUUCCACGACUUGGUGUCCCGAGUGUAG